CUGUUUUAUUAUUUUGUUUUGUGUUACAUUUUGUAAAAAAUGUCGACCCGUUUAUCGUUUGGCCAUGAUGAUGCCGGCACGAAUAAUGUGCCCCGCAUCAUGACCUUCCGUCCCAGCUACGAGGAGUUUGUCAAUUUCGCCGAGUACGUCGAUUACAUGGAAUCACGUGGAGCACAUAAGGCUGGCUUGGUCAAAAUAAUUCCGCCCGUAGAGUGGAAGCCGCGUCGCUCAGGCUAUGAUAUUGAGAAUAUAAAUAUGACAAUACCUGCCCCAAUUUGCCAGGUGGUAACAGGGGCUCACGGACUUUAUCAGCAAAUAAAUAUACAGCAGCGUCGCCAGAUGACGCUUAGGCAGUUCAUGGAGAAGGCCAACUCGGAGCUACACCAAACACCAAAGCACUUCGACUACGACGAUCUAGAGCGCAAGUACUGGAAGAAUAUCACAUAUAUAUCACCGCUAUACGCUGCCGAUGUGAAGGGCACAUUGAGCGAUGAAGAUUUGGAUGUGUGGAACAUUGGUAGAUUGGACACCAUAUUGAAUCUGGUCAAUACAGAUUAUGGCAUUGAAAUCGACGGAGUCAAUACGGCAUAUCUGUAUUUCGGCAUGUGGAAGAGUUCCUUUGCCUGGCACACUGAGGACAUGGAUCUAUAUUCGAUCAACUAUUUGCACUUUGGCGCACCGAAAACUUGGUAUGCAAUACCUCCGCGCUACGGCAGACGCUUGGAGAAGUUGGCGAAUGAAACCUUCGUGGAAAACUUUCAGGAAUGUAAUGCUUAUUUGCGCCAUAAGAUGACCAUGAUCAGUCCCAAAGUCUUGCGCCAACAUAAUAUACCCUAUAAUAAGAUCACUCAAGAAGCUGGGGAGAUUAUGAUAACAUUUCCCUUUGGCUACCAUGCUGGCUUUAAUCAUGGCUUCAAUGGUGCCGAGUCCACGAAUUUCGCCUCCAAACGCUGGAUUGAGUAUGGCAAGAGGGCAAGCAUCUGUAAGUGUCGUAGCGAUAUGGUUAAAAUAUCAAUGGAAACAUUUGUCCGGCGCUUUCAACCUGAGCGCUAUGAUAAUUGGCUGAAGGGCGAGGAUUAUGGCUGUCAUCCCGAGGAGCCCGGCAAGAUCUGCGCCGCAGCCCCACCCACCAUCAAUGAAUAUAAAAUAAUUGAGGAGAGCUCCCAAGCAACCAAAGCAAAACACGUGCAUCGACAGAAACGCGGCUGCUCCUUGGCCGAUGUGAAUGGCAACUCGGAUGUGGAGGCGCCGGCCGAGGAGGAGGAGGAUAAGAUCAGUGUCAGCAGUCGAAGCAGCUGCUCCAACUUAAAACAAGCUGUGGUCAAGCUACGUAAGCUGCCCUCCACCGUGACUGAUGCCCAGCCCUCAACGCCCGCAUCGCCCAAAGAAAAGUAUGACUUCAAUUCGGUCGCUGUGGUGCGUGUUAAACGACUCUGGAACGCUUUGCCAUGCGAGAAGCCAGGCACCAAUCUUCUCCCGAAUGGCAUUGUGAAGAAUACGAAACGAAUGCGUUUCCAGACAAAGGUGUUGACGCUAGACGACGAGGAUUAGCAGGAAGCAUUUCCAAAUGAAGGCACAAAUGGGGAUAUUUUUAAGUGUCAGCCUCUGCAAGGCUGUAUAAUUUUAAACCACGCAUAAGGAUGCGGACUAUGACUAGUUGUUGUUUAAGCAACAAAACACGAUUUUACUUUAAAAGCUUUGACGAUCUCCAUUGUUAAUAGUUUUAUAAGCAUGCCACAAUCAAAGAAACACAUAAACAUAACCUACCUAUAAUACUAGUCUAAGGAAUAGACGUGUACCUAACAAAAUAGUUUUGAAUAAUAAACUAUGAGCUACGAAAGCAUGAACAUCAAAAAU